UAUUUUUCUGGAUGAUAAGUGAGAAAGAGAAGAUUGGUUAACUAAUUGUCUUUCGAGAGUAGAGUGAGAAGAGAAAGAAAAAUAUCAAAAAAUGGAGAUUAGAGUUACUUCCAAUUGUAACAACACAAGUAAUUCCUCGAUGCUACCAAUCGACCAUUCUGCAUCAAAUAUAAGGUCAUCCUUAGAUCAAAGUUUAUCCCGUUCCUCGCCAAAUCAAGGGUCACCAAGUUUAACUGGUCAUAGUUCAUCAAUGGGUAAUCCAUUGUUUUCAGCAAACCGGAUUCUGAGUAAAAAUUCAAAUGGAACAAUCGCAAUGACAUCUUGCCCACUAAAUGAUUCUGAGCUUCAACUUUACCGGGUCCUCCAGAGGUCCAAUUUGCUUUCCUACUAUGAUACAUUUAUCUGUCAAGGAGGUGAUGAUGUGCAACAACUUUGUGAUGCUGGAGAGGAAGAGUUUCUUGAAAUCAUGGCUUUAGUCGGAAUGGCCAGUAAACCUUUGCAUGUCCGACGUCUCCAAAAGGCCCUUCAAGAAUGGGUAACCAACCCAGCAAUGUUUCAAGCUCCUUUGGUACCCACUUUUACCUCUGGUGAUAGACCAACCUUGCCCGGUCCAUCUUCAACUGGAUCAUCGGUACUACCAUUAGCACCGCCACCGCCGUCCUCAACUACGAUCUCUACCUCGGGUCUUCCUUUGGUCAAUGCAACAUCAAACAGUACAAUUAGACCUGUGCUAUGUCCUGAUUUAUUGGAUGCUAAAUCAAUCAAUCCUGUUAACCUUUCCUCGUCGACAUCACCUUCACCCUUAAACCUUGGCUCAAUGGCAUCUCUAGCUGCCUGUCAACAACCACCUUCAAUGGGAUCGCUUUCGGUUAUACCUUCGAUAGGAUCGAUCAUAUCGUCUUCAUCUCAACAACAACAGUCAAUUAUCCAUCCAUCUCAUCAUGUUACCUCAUCCUCAUCCUCAUCUUCAUCAACCUCUUCAAACUCCUCUGUAUCUUCAUCAUUAGUCCAAGUCUCUCUUUCACUUCAACCCAAAUCGUCAAGCACUCCAAUAAGCAAUGGAUUAUCCAAUCACACCUCAAACCAUUCAAAUCCUUCUUCACCCAAGGAAUUGAAAGAUAAUAGUGUUACAAUCACACCUAAUGGUAAUAACUCGUCUGGAAACAUAACAUCAAUCACUUCCCAGAAUCAGACUGAUAAUUCAAUUGGAUUGGUGACCAAUGAGUACGGUCAACCAGCAUCACCAAUAUCAUUGACUCCUGUCCUUGCCGAUAACCAGAUAACCAGAUUGGCUGAAGCAGCUGAAAAUCUGGUCAAAAGCUUACCUCCGUUAGACCUGAAACUGGCCAAUAACAAGAAAAAAAGCACCAAAGACGAAGGUGUACUUAACACGAUCAUGUUUAUGCCUGAAGAUGAUCCGAAAAGGAUGAAAUUAAUUCGUGUUUAUGCUAAAAUAUAUGGAAGAUUUGAUGCUAAAAGGAAUCCUGAUAAACCUCUGACACUUCAUGAGGUCUCUGUUAACGAAGCUGCAGCUCAAAUUUGCAAACAUAUUCCUGUAUUAUUAACUCGUCGUGAUGAACUUUUCCCUCUUGCUCGUCAAGUUGUCCGUGAUUCUGGUUAUCAAUAUUCAAAAGGACAUUCAAGAUCUCAAUAUUAUCCAAAAUUAUUAGACAAUUCUGGUUACACUGGAAACAAUGAUUCAGUCUUAGAAGGGAAUGGCUCAACAGCUUCCAAGAGAAGACGAUUGUCUGAGAAUGAUAAUAAUUUUGAUGCUAAGAUUCAAUGUACUGAAGAGGAGCGAUCACGUCGUCAAGGUCGAUUGGAAAAUAUAAUUGAUCAAUUGAAAACAUUAGGAAGUCAGCAAAAGGAGUUGAAAAUUCAAUUGCAACAAGCUCGUGAUUUACAAAACUUGUCGCACAUUAAUCAAGUUCAAACGGAGCUUGAACACAUCUCAACGCAACAAACGCAGCUAAUCAAUGAACAAAGUGAAAUAAAUAAGCAAUUAAGGAAAUUGGAAAAAUUUCAUCCUGGAUUGAAUCGAGGACUUAACCAUUCAUUGCCAGAAGACAAAGGGGACACAGAUGAUACAGAUUCACAAUUUUCUGUCUAUUCAAAUGAAUUAUCGCCAUGUAUGAGUCAAACUGGACAUGAUGAUUCUCCGGCCCAAGAAUCGUCGCAAAAUUCUGAUAAUUUUAACCGCAUUUUACCAGUAUUUUUAAUUCAUUUAGCUAACAAAACAGGAAAUCAUCAAGUCUCCAAUCAACUAACGCGUCAGUUGGUUCAGGAAACAUUAUUGGACGAAGGACUUCGUUUGAUCAAGGAAUUUACUGACGUACAAAACAAGGACUGUGAUUUAACAAGCCGAAUUAAAGACAACAACAGCCUUGUUAAUAAUAGCAGUAAAGACAAUAAGGAUAACAAUAAUAACUCAUCUGAUUCUAAUAAUAAUAAUGAUAACCACAACUCUCAAAGCAAUGGAGGCAACAGUGACAAUGGAAUUGAUUUACGCGUUAAGCAGAUGGAAAAUGGUUCACCUAAAUCAGCACCGGUAUCCAUUCAGAGUACGAAUUGGUAAUUUGAUUGAAAGGAUUCAUCAUUUACCCAACUAAUAAA